AGAAUAUUACCAAACACGGUCUUGCGCACACUAACGAAUUCAAGACUUCAAGAAUACACACACAACCAUCUUAGGGGGACCAUAAAAAAUAUAUAAAACACAUGUAAGACACACACACACUACUACCAUUUCUCAAUCCUCCUGAAUCAAUCUACCAUCAUGGAGUUUCACAACCCAUUUUUUAAUAGCACUUUUAUUUGCUCCUUUCUCUUUCUCUUUGUGCUACUCAAAAUAGUUAAAAAAUGGAGUUGUAACAAUUCCAGUAUCAAUUUACCACCAGGACCAUGGACACUACCCAUCAUAGGAAACAUGCAUCAACUUAUUAGCAACUCAUUGCCUCAUCAAUGCUUCAAAAAUUUAGCUGAUACAUAUGGACCCUUAAUGCACCUAAAACUAGGAGAGGUAUCAUACCUAAUAGUUAGUUCACCAUCAAUGGCCAAAGAGAUUAUGAAAACACAUGACCUCAACUUUUGUGAUAGACCAAACCUUCUUUUGUCCACAAUAUUUAGUUACAAUGCUAUUGAUAUUAUCUUCUCUCCAUAUGGAGAACACUGGAGGCAACUACGAAAGAUAUGUGUUUUACAAUUAUUAAGUGCAAAGCGUGUCCAAUCGUUUAGGUAUAUAAGAGAAGAAGAGGUGUCAAAUCUUGUUAAAUCAAUAUCUGCAAGUGAAGGAUCAAUUGUUAAUCUCAGUCAUAAGAUUUUUUUAAUGACAUCAGGGAUAACGACACGAGCAGCGUUUGGGAAAAGGAGUAAACACCAAGAAGCUUUCAAAUCAGCAAUAAAGGAGAUAGCUAGUUUGCUGGGAGAAUUUUGUAUUGCUGAUGUGUAUCCUUCUGUUAAAAUGUUUCAAUGGGUGAGUAGGGCGAAGACGAAAGUUGAAAAGCUUCAUAAAGAGAUUGAUAUGAUAUUGCAAGAUAUCAUCGUUGAUCAUAAAAACAUUCACAAGGAAGAAAGCAAGGAUGAAGAUCUAGUUGAUACUCUUCUCAAGAUUCAACAGGAAAAUGAUCACUCACAUAAUCCAUUAACUGAUAACAAUAUGAAAGCAAUCAUUCUGGAUAUGUUUGGUGCUGGUACGGAAACAUCGUCCGGGGCUGUGCUAUGGGGGAUAUCUGAGAUGGUAAAGAACCCAAAGAUAAUGGAGAAAGCACAAGCUGAAGUAAGAAAAGUGUUUGAUAAAAAGGGGUAUGUCGAUGAAACAGAGUUGCACCAAUUGAUAUACUUAAAGUCUAUAAUCAGAGAAACAUUGAGGCUACAUCCUUCUGUGCCUUUGUUGGUUCCAAGAGAAAGUAGAGAGAGAUGCCAAAUCAAUGGGUAUGAAAUCCCAGCUAAAACAAGAGUUGCUAUCAAUGUUUGGGCAAUUGGAAGAGAUGAAAGGUAUUGGGCAGAAGCUGAGAGUUUUAAACCUGAGAGGUUUCUCAAUAGCACAAUUGAUUUCAAAGGCACAAAUUUUGAAUACAUACCGUUCGGUGCUGGAAGAAGAAUGUGUCCAGGCAUGGCAUUUGGCUUAUCCAACAUUGAGCUGCCUCUUGCUCAGUUACUUUACCACUUUGAUUGGAAGCUUCCUAAUGGAAUGAAGAAUGAAGAACUAGAUAUGACUGAGUCAUUUGGGAUGGCUAUAGGAAGAAAACAUGACCUAUGCUUGAUUCCUAUUACUCGUCGUCCUUAAUAUAUGUAUUUCCUAAUGAAAAAAUAUACAAGUGUUGAAUUUCUUAUUCUACUUUCAGCAAAUAUCAAUUGGAGAAUGAUUGUGAUAAAUGUAGCAAAUAACAUUCAUUUCUCCCAAUAAGGUGUAUGAUGUUCCUAGUUAUAAUGUUUCUAAUAAUCAAUAUAACACACACAAAAUUUGUACUAAAAUGAUAUUGUAAACCCUAAAGUAUGAGUAUGACUGCACAAUGUUAUAAUUGUUAAAAGUUUG